AUGGCCCCUCAGAGGGUCCCUCCGCUGCUCCCUCUGCGGAGUUCCAGGUGUCCCCCGUUUGCCCCUUUCCUGUCCCCCACAAAAGUCUCAUGGGGGGCUUCGGCCUCGCUGUGGCCUUUUCCUGGUGUUCAGCUGGAUGGCGGCCUUGGAAGAGGCAGUGCUGGGACUGCACCCCUGUGUGAGGGCAGUGUGCUGGAGUUUGUGUGGGACCAGUCUUCCUACACGGACGCUUUUGGGAAAGAAAAGCCUUUACGCUCAUCUAUUUUAAGAGAGUCAGCAAUAUGCUCUAGUACAAAGAAAUUCUUCCUUGGGAUUGAUUGCCUAAGACUGACUUUUAAUACCAAUUUUGUUGUAAUGCUGACUGAUAAUGAAGAAAACAAAACAAGUGUUCCAGAGGAAUCCCCAGCUGCAGAGGAAGAAAAGGAAGAAGUAGAAAAGAAAAUCUCAGAAACUUUCUUCUAUAAUUAUGAAGAUAUAUGUUCGCGGCCAUUGGUCACUGAAGACUCUGGGAUACCCAUUAACCUUCUUACUCUUAAAUAUUCUUUUGGAUAUGACUGCACCAGAAGGGCAAACCUGCUGAUGAUGGAUAGCCAAACACUGCUGUAUAUAGCAGGCAACCAUGUGGUACUCCUGGACCUGAAAACUAAAUCUCAUCGUUAUGUCCGGAGCAGUGGUGGUGGUGGAAUUGGCUUUAUUACAGCACACCCUACUAAGCAGUACUUUGCAGUAGGAGAAAAAGGAAGGAAGCCAAACCUCAUCAUCUACGAUUAUCCUUCACUGAGGCCCUACAGAAUACUGCGAGAUGGAACAGAGGAAGCCUAUGUUUUUGGUGAUUUCAAACAUGAUGGCACUUUGCUGGCCAGUGUUGGGAGCAGCCCUGACUACAUGCUGACUAUAUGGGACUGGAAACAAGAAAAGAUUGUGUUGAGGUCAAAAGCUUUUUCACAGGAUGUUUACAAGGUCACAUUUUCUGCUGAUAAUGAAGAACAACUGACUACAUGUGGAAUAGGACACAUCAGGUUCUGGAAGAUGGCUCUCACAUUCACCGGUCUCAAGUUACAAGGAGCUUUGGGCAGGUUUGGAAAAACAGCGGUGUCUGACAUUAUAGGUUAUGUGGAGCUGCCUGAUGGGAAGGUUAUCUCAGGGACUGAGUGGGGCAACUUGCUGCUUUGGGAAGGAGGCCUCAUUAAAGUAGAGCUCUGUCGAGGUGAACAAAAGCCCUGUCACAGUGGCCCUGUCAGCCAGUUAAUUCUGGAGGAAGGAGAACUUUUCACUGUUGGAAAAGAUGGCUACAUUCGGCUGUGGAACUUUGAGAUAAUAGAUGCUGCUGAUUCUGUGGAUGACACAGGGUUACUGGAGGUGGAGCCUAUGAAUGAACUUCAUGUUGGCAAGAAUGUCAGCCUGAGUUUCAUGUCAAAAAUUUAUGACUCUGGACAGGCCUUUUGGUAUGCUCAGGAUACCAAUGGAGCAAUCUGGAAGCUGGAUCUGACUUUUUCGAAUAUGACCCAAGAUCCAGAGUGCAUGUUUACCUUUCACUCUGGAAGGAUUGAGGCCAUGAGUGUCUCUCCCAUCACAUACCUUUUGGCUACCACUGCUCUUGACCGGUCGGUCCGUAUCUAUGAUUUCAUCAGUGACAGACAACUGAGUGAAAUGAAGUUCAAACAAGGAGGAACAGCACUGACAUGGGCACCUCAUGUUGUAAAUCCUAAAGGAAGUCUAAUUAUUGUGGGGUUUGAAGAUGGUGUUGUCCGCCUAAUUGAAGUUUAUGAUCCCAAAGGACUGCCCGUUAUUGCAGGAACAGGGAAUGCAGAGUUAAAUCUGAAAAAAGCUCUCAAACCUCAUGCUGCUGCAGUUACAGCCUUGGCAUAUGAACGAAAUGGAGCUGUGCUUGCCACAGGGAGCAAAGACAAAACCAUUUUCUUUUUUGCUGUUGAAGAUGAAUAUGAGCCAAUUGGAUUCAUCUGUGUCCCUGGGUCUGUGCAGGCAUUACAGUGGUCUCCACCUUCUCAUGCACAGAGCACACUGCUCAUCCUUUGUGAGAAUGGCUUUGUUCUUCAGGUUCCUGUCCCUAAGGAAGAGAAUACAGCGUCCACAUAUCAACUAAAGAACCUGCCAAUGCAGUACUUCCAUUUUUACAGUAUUAAAUCCCGAAUCAAGCUGGAAGAAGAGAUCGCACUGAGAGAGAAAAAAAGGGAGGAGAAGGAGAAAGCAAAACUUGAAUGGAUAAUGCAGCAACAGGAAAUGGGAAACAAGAUAGAAGAAGAAGCUGAAGAGGAACCUGAAGAAGAGCCAUUGCCAUCUCUCUACAUACCAGAGGAGCCCAGUCCCAUCCUCUGUGGGUUUUAUUCAGCACCAGGAAAAUUUUGGCUUUCCUUGGGUGGUUAUGACUCAGGGUUCCUCUAUCACUGUGAAUUCUCACAUGACGACCAAGAAGACCAAGAAGACCCUGAAGAUAGGAAAGAUGAACCCUUUGAAGUGAUUCCUAUUGAGGACACCGACGACAAUCCCAUCCACCAAAUCUGCUUCUGUACUGGCAGAGUAUGGAUGUUCUGUGGAAUGCAGAAUGGCUCACUGCGUGCUUAUUCUCUCCAAGAUAAAGACCUCUCAGCAAAUACCCUGAAGGAGUACUGGUCCUUCAGCAUACAUGACAAUGAUUAUGGCCAGAUCCGGGGAAUCUGUUCUAGUUAUGAUGAUAGGUUUCUGAUUACCUGUGGUGGAGAUGGAAACAUUUUUACUUUCAACAUCUUGUCUCCAGAGGAUGUUCAGAAAGAGCUAAAAGCCAAAAUCCCCUCUCCUAGGAGUGGUCUCGAGAAGGAGAAGGCUGCUGAAGACAUUGAGGAUCCCAAUGCCUACAACAUUGAGGAAGUCAAGCAGAAAAAGGAGCAUGACCGGAAAAUGAAGGAAGCUGAAGAGAAAAAGCAAAAGAAAAGAGAGGAGUUAAUUGCACUGAGGCAUGAGUUUCUUCUUCUUCUUCAAAAGAAUCAGAAGUUGCCCAAGCACAUGCAACUGCACAGAGAGCAGUUUGAGAUGGAUCGUAAGAUCUUUGAGGAGCUGGAUAGGCAGACAGCACAGAGAAUCCAGUUAGUGCAAAAGGAGCUAGCUUGGGAGCAUGAGAAACACUCAAUUGGACUGCAGAAACUGCGAAACCAGUUUCGGGACUCACUUGAAUUUGACACUGUUGUUGUUCAUGCUAUUCAAAGCAAUCAUCAGAUUUCCACCUACAGACUUCUAGUAAUGUCCCAUAAAUACUACCAAGAUAGAGAACGUCCAUCUUGGAAGAGGACAGUACUCAAACAGGCAUGGAAACAACCAGAAGAGAAGCAGAUCAGCAUACAGUCAAGGUGUACUACAGUUUCUGAGGGUGACGAAGAAAUAGUGGAGAUGACAGAGGUCCAAAAGCCAACAACCCGUUAUAUAAAAAGCAGACGUGAGAAAAUCAGAAGAACUGUUGAGAAAUCUGACAAGGUGAAGGCUAAGAUCAUGAAGAGGAAAGCAGAGUGGGAUGAAUUAUACAAGAACAAACCUAGUGAUGACUAUGAGAAUCCCAAAGAUGCUGAGGAGAUCAAAGCAGCACAGGAAAAUAUGGGAUGUUAUAAGCUGAAAUCUGCCCCUAACUACAGAGUCCCUGAACAUGAGCUUAUGAAUGCUGAGAAGAAGGUGAUGCAGCUUACAUCCCUGGAAGUGUUG